AUGCAUCUGAAUUGGGUGUUCCUCUUGGCAACUUCACUCGCCAGCCUAGCGGCUUGUGAAGAAACGAAAUUCAUGAACCCCCCGCUAUAUGCAUCGUUCGAUGACGGUCUUCGAAGGUUUGACAACAACCAACGCUACAAACAAGGCGAGGUCGUCCCGGCCAUUCUUUCGAAUAUUGUCGAUAUUAGAGACUUGUCUGUUUGGCAGCUGAGUACGGCCGGAGAUAAGAAAGGGCGAGAAACUAGACUGGACGUGACAAAGCAAUCUCAGCUCACCCACUCACCGAUACGAGGUCGCUACCACUGGACGGCUGCGUAUGACAUGGGCCACUAUCUGCAAAAUGGUGAAGACGCUGUUUACUGGUUCCAACUAAAUCAACAUGGAACAUUGGGACCAACUGUAAGAUCCGCAUUCUUCAAUGUCAGCAUGCCGGAUAGUGGGAGGUCCAAAUCCCCCGUGGUUUCGAAACCAUCCCGUAAAGAAAAGAACCGCAAGGGAAAGAACUGCAACAACUGCAACAACUGCAACAACUGCCAGAAGUGCCAGAAGUGUCAGCACUCCCAGAAGUGUCAGAACGGCCAGAGCUGCAAGAACUGUAAGGGAAAGAACCCAAAGGAAAAGAACCCCAAGGACAAGAAAGCGAGUGCAAGGUCCGGAUUGACUGGUGGUCAAGUGGCAGGCAUCACCAUCGGUGCAAUAGUUGCUUUUGCCCUUAUACUGUGCGGUUUCUGUUGGGGUUUUGAACGCAUGAGAGUGAGAAAGCAGUUGCGAAAGUCACACGAGUUUGAACUCAGGAACAUGGAACGCGAUGUGCGCUCCUUGAGGGAGACGGUAGCAAAACUUGGUGCUUGA